AUGGCGGUGGACUGGUGGACAUGGCACGGGACCGAUCAUCCUGAGCUCACCACCAUGGCUUGCCGCGCCAUCACGCAGCCGGUGUCCGCGUCUCCAUGUGAGCGUAACUGGGCGAAGUUUGAUGCAGUGCAUACGGCAAGGAGGAACCGCCUCGGCGCGGUUAAGCUUCGUGACCUGGUGUAUGUGACGCACAAUUGGCAGGUGGUGCACAACUGGCACAAGGCCCCUGAAGGGCUGGGGGUGGUGAAGGGAAACAUCGAGGACCCCCCCACUCCGGCUGGCUAUAACACUCAGCUAGCUAGCUUAAUGUGCUCGUCACUGUGUCCCAUCCCCUCUGCUCCUCUUCCCGCCUCGUCUUCGCAGCUGGAUGUACUCACAGAGGAGAACGAGUUCCUGGUGGAUAAGCUGCGCAUGGCGGAGGAGGACCUCAAGGAGAAGCAGGCGCGCGUGCAGGAGCUGGAGAAGCAGGUGGCCAAGAUGGGAGAAGGGCUCAGCCUGGAGGCCCGUCUUCUCAACAAGAAAGAGGCGGUUCUCAAGCAGCGCGAGGCGAGUCUAAAGGAGAUGAAGGACAAGAGCAAGGACGUGAAGGAGGUGGAGAUCACCACGCUCAGGAUGGAGCUGGAGUCCCAGAGGGAGGAGGCGGCAGCAGCGAUGGAGGAGGCGAGGCAGGCGAGCGAGGAGGUGAGGGCGCUCAGGAGCCUCACGGCGCGCAUUCUGCUGACCCCCGAGGAGAAGGAGGAGGUGGUGCUCAAGCGCUGCUGGCUGGCUCGUUACUGGGCGCUGGCCUCCCGUCAUGGUGUGCAUGCUGAGAUCGCCAGCUCUCGCAGCGACCACUGGCAGAAGUACUCUCCUCUGCCCUUCGAAGUGGUCAUUGAUGCGGGCAGGAAGGCCCGGGAGGAGCCUGACGGUGGCGAGAAAGAGGACAAGCCAGCGACGGUGGGCACGGAGAGCAACAUAGAGAGCAUGUUUCAGGUGGAGAAGGCACUCAGAGACCUGGCGGCGCUCAAGGUGGAGGAGGGGGUGCUGCUCGCCAUGGCCCAGCACCGCCGCCCCGCACUGCUCAAAGUGCACUCGGCACCGUCAGCUGCUGAAGAGGGUCCAAGGAUGGUCGAGUCUAUGGAUCUGAGCGACGAGGAGGUGGAGGACGUGAGACCUGAGCGACGAGGAGGUGGAGGACGUGAGGUUCAAGCAGAACUGGCUGGUGUACUGGUGGCGGCGGGCACGCGGCCACAAGGUGUCUCUUUCACCCUCUUACUACUUUCUUCCCUCCCCUUGCCUUCUACCCGUGCAGACCUGAGCGACGAGGAGGUGGAGGACGUGAGACCUGAGCGACGAGGAGGUGGAGGACGUGAGGUUCAAGCAGAACUGGCUGGUGUACUGGUGGCGGCGGGCACGCGGCCACAAGGUGUCUCUUUCACCCUCUUACUACUUUCUUCCCUCCCCUUGCCUUCUACCCGUGCAGACCUGAGCGACGAGGAGGUGGAGGACGUGAGGUUCAAGCAGAACUGGCUGGUGUACUGGUGGCGGCGGGCACGCGGCCACAAGGUGUCUCUUUCACCCUCUUACUACUUUCUUCCCUCCCCUUGCCUUCUACCCGUGCAGACCUGA